AUGCUCCCUAGGCUUCUGAAGGCAGACCAGAAAUGAAGGGUAAAGGAAGCAGCAUGGGCUCUUAGAGGGGCACUGGAGGUGACUGCAAGCCUUCCUUGUCUCAGAGAGUCUUUUGUGGGGCUUGUUCACAGUCCCAGAGGGGGAAAUAUCUGCAGCCUGGGAGGGCAUAUCCCCCCUGGUCAUAACUAGCCUCAUGCCCACUUCACAGUAAAGCCUCCUUCUUUUCAGCAGACCUUACUCCCAGUAGGGAACAAGUGUUACUGGUAUGGCUCUGUCAGGCUUGAUCCAGACCUUUAGGUCACUGCUGCUGUCUUCCAGUCCUCACCUCACACAGCCCAUUCAUCUUGCUAGUCAAUUCCAAACCCACCGUGAAAUCGGGACUUCUGUGGUGAUGUCUGCUCGAGAUAUGCUGUGGAAAUGCAGAACGAAGUAUACAGUCAAGCCCAUUCCCAAAAGAAAGACAGGUGGCCGAGAUCACACAGGACGUAUCAGUGUGCAUGGAAUUGGGGGAGGAAGAAAACAGUGCUAUCGUAUGAUUGAUUUCCGAAGGCUGAACUAUCAAGAUGGGACAGAACCUGGUCCAUUCGAGGAGAAAGUGAUUCAAGUCCGCUAUGAUCCAUGCAGGUCAGCAGAUAUAGCUCUGGUAGCUGGAGGGAAGCGGAAACGCUGGAUCAUUGCAACAGAAAACAUGCAAGUUGGUGACAUCAUAAAAACUUCAGGACUCAUAGGCAGGAUGGCAGUCUCAGCUAAAGAAGGAGAUGCGUAUCCAGUUGGGGCUUUACCAGUAGGGACGCUGAUAAACAACUUGGAAAGCCAUCCUGGCAAAGGAGCACAGUAUAUCCGAGCUGCAGGGACCUGUGGUGUAUUGCUAAGGAAAGUGAAUGGAACUGCCAUCAUACAGUUGCCCUCCAAGAGACAAAUGCAGGUGUUGGAGACUUGCAUGGCUACGGUGGGGCGAGUUUCCAAUAUCGACCACAACAAGCAAAUCCUUGGGAAAGCUGGUCGGAAUCGGUGGUUAGGAAAGCGGCCAAGUAGUGGCCUGUGGCAUCGGAAAGGAGGGUGGGCAGGGCGCAAGAUCAGACCUCUCCCACCCAUGAAGAGUUAUGUGAACCUCCCAACAGCUUCUUCACGUGAUUGAAAUCUGGGCUCUUGCUGUCAGUGGGGAUUUGGUCAAUAAAGCCUACCUGUUUUAACCUGCA